AAGAAAAAAAGGGACAAGAACACGGCGGAGACCAAACACGAAUGGGAAUUCCCUCACUUAUUUCGCUCCUCCCCUCUAAUUCCCGAUCCAUUCCCGCUUCGAAUUCCUAUUUCCAGUAAGAGUUGGAUUACGACGAAAGGAGAAGAAUCCAACGACAAAAGGCGAGAUCUCUUUCCCUCCCCCUUCUCCCCCUCCCUCAUCACUAUUACUCGUCGCGAUCCGAUACGGCGACCGAGUCCGAGCGAUUGGGCUCCUCCUUCGCCGGGUGGUGGUCAGGUGGCUUCCGUAACCCUUGUCCUUUACGGGCGGAGGUGAUGCCGACGGCGCCAGGGGCGCGGUGGAGGAGCGUUGGCCGGUGGACCGAAUCAUAGGGUCGCUUCCCCCUUCUGAUUCCAGUCCCUGAUAUCCGCCACCGCGACGAGCUGCCGCGCUAUGGAGGUUGACUCCUCGAUGCCCGCGGAACCCGACCACGAUCCGGCCGCGGCAAAGCACCAUGACCCCGCGAACGGGACUUCCUCACCGCUGCCCGCGUCUGGGACCGCGUCUUCGCCGGUGGAGGCGCAGGCGGUUGCUGCCGGGCCGAGGCCCGCGCCGACGUUCUCGGUGGUGAACGCGAUCAUAGAGAAGAAGGAGGAUGGGCCCGGAUGCAGGUGCGGCCACACGCUUACAGCCGUGGCGGCCGUUGGGGAGGAGGGAACUCCUGGGUACAUUGGGCCGCGACUUAUACUGUUCGGUGGUGCGACAGCGCUCGAGGGCAAUUCUGCAGCUCCGGCAUCGCCCGCAGGAAGUGCUGGCAUCCGUCUUGCAGGUGCAACAGCUGAUGUUCAUUGUUAUGAUGUGCUAUCUAACAAAUGGACAAGGCUAACACCUCUUGGAGAACCACCAUCACCCAGAGCUGCACAUGUUGCAACUGCUGUGGGCACUAUGGUGGUAAUUCAGGGUGGAAUUGGUCCUGCCGGCUUGUCUGCAGAGGAUCUUCAGGUUCUGGACCUAACACAACAGCGGCCACGGUGGCAUAGGGUUGUUGUCCAAGGACCCGGUCCAGGACCACGUUAUGGACAUGUGAUGGCUUUAGUUGGACAAAGAUUCCUAUUGGCAAUUGGUGGAAAUGAUGGGAAGCGGCCUUUGGCUGAUGUUUGGGCCCUCGAUACUGCUGCCAAACCCUAUGAAUGGAGGAAGUUGGAACCGGAAGGUGAAGGUCCACCCCCCUGCAUGUAUGCAACUGCAAGUGCACGCUCUGAUGGUCUUCUCUUGCUUUGUGGUGGGAGGGAUGCAAAUGGAGUGCCACUUUCAAGUGCAUAUGGUCUUGCAAAACAUAGGGAUGGUCGUUGGGAGUGGGCUAUAGCUCCUGGUGUCUCUCCAUCACCAAGAUACCAACAUGCUGCUGUUUUUGUCAAUGCAAGACUUCAUGUCUCUGGAGGGGCUCUUGGUGGUGGACGCAUGGUAGAAGAUUCUUCGAGUAUUGCAGUACUGGACACUGCUGCUGGAGUUUGGUGUGACACAAAGUCUGUUGUUACAAGUCCCAGAACAGGAAGAUACAGUGUUGAUGCAGCUGGUGGAGAUGCUUCUGUUGAGCUAACACGGCGUUGUAGGCAUGCAGCUGCUGCAGUUGGAGAUCUAAUUUUUGUUCAUGGAGGUUUACGUGGAGGUAUGCUUCUUGAUGAUCUACUUGUUGCCGAAGAUCUGGCUGCUGCUGAAACAACAAGUGCAGCUUCCCAUGCUGCAGCUGCAGCUGCUGCUGCAAAUGUACUAGGAAGAUCACCGGGAGGAUACAUUUUCUCCAAUGAAAGAUCAAGACAUACUAUUCCUGAAGCGGUCCCUGAUGGUGCAGUUGUGCUUGGAACUCCUGUGGCUCCUCCUGUCAAUGGGGAUACAUACACUGACAUAAGCUCUGAUAAUGUUAUUCUCCUGGGACCUAGGAGACUGGGAAAAGGUGUUGAGUACUUGGUUGAAGCCUCAGCAGCAGAGGCCGUGGCAAUAAGUGCUGCUUUAGCUGCUGCCAAGGCACGACAAGUCAAUGGACAAAUCGAGCAAUUGCCUGAUCAAGAUCGUGAUUCAGAGGCUACCCCUGGUGAGAAACAGGUCUCGAACCUGAGUAAAGCUUCAGAUCCUUCUUUACCAAAUAAUGUCACACCCGCUGGUGUUCGACUACAUCACAGAGCGGUGGUUGUAGCUGCAGAGACAGGUGGUGCUUUGGGUGGUAUGGUCAGGCAGCUCUCAAUUGAUCAGUUUGAAAAUGAAGGCAGAAGGGUCAGCUAUGGCACUCCUGAGAGUGCAACUGCAGCUAGGAAAUUAUUAGAUCGACAAAUGUCUAUCAAUAGUGUGCCAAAAAAGGUUAUUGCGCAUCUAUUAAAACCUCGUGGCUGGAAGCCUCCUGUACGCAGGCAGUUCUUCUUAGACUGCAAUGAAAUUGCUGAUCUCUGUGAUAGUGCAGAAAGAAUAUUCACUAGUGAACCAAGUGUUCUACAAAUUAAAGCUCCUGUCAAAAUCUUUGGUGAUUUACAUGGUCAGUUUGGAGAUCUCAUGCGUCUAUUUGAUGAGUAUGGUGCUCCUUCAACAGCAGGGGACAUAUCUUAUAUUGAUUAUCUCUUCUUGGGUGAUUAUGUUGAUCGUGGCCAGCAUAGUCUGGAAACUAUUGCUCUUCUCCUUGCAUUGAAGGUUGAGUGUCCUCACAAUGUACAUUUAAUUCGUGGAAACCAUGAGGCAGCAGAUAUUAAUGCUUUAUUUGGGUUCCGGACUGAGUGCAUUGAGCGCAUGGGAGAACGAGAUGGAAUCUGGUGUUGGCACCGCAUUAAUCGAUUGUUCAAUUGGCUACCUUUAUCUGCUUUAAUUGAGAAGAAAAUCAUCUGCAUGCAUGGUGGCAUCGGUCGGUCCAUAAAUCAUGUAGAGCAGAUUGCAAAUCUUCAACGGCCUAUCACAAUGGAAACAGGAUCAGUAGUUCUUAUGGAUCUUCUAUGGUCUGAUCCUACAGAAAAUGACAGCGUCGAGGGGUUAAGGCCAAAUGCUAGGGGUCCAGGCUUGGUUACUUUUGGGCCUGACCGUGUUAUGGAGUUCUGCAAUAAUAAUGACCUCCAGUUGAUAAUACGAGCACACGAGUGUGUCAUGGAUGGUUUUGAGCGCUUUGCUCAGGGUCAUUUGAUUACUCUUUUCUCGGCAACUAAUUAUUGUGGAACUGCAAAUAAUGCAGGGGCAAUCCUGGUUUUGGGAAGAGAUCUUGUGGUCGUUCCAAAACUAAUUCAUCCUUUACCACCUGUCAUCAAUUCACCUGAAACAUCACCAGAGCGUCGCAUUGAGGAUACAUGGAUGCAGGAGCUCAAUGCCAACAGACCACCUACACCGACCAGGGGCCGUCCUCAAGUGGCAAAUGAUCGAGGUUCUCUGGCCUGGAUAUAGUAAUCAUCUCCAGUGAUGCAGUCAUCGCUCUUCUUUGAUCGGAGGCCGCUGGUGGAGGUUUAACUGACCUUUCUCAGUUUGAAUCAAGGGAAUCUGAGUGUAGGAGCUAACCAGUCUAAAUAGUUUGGCGUAGGAGGCUGAAUCUGAGGAUGCUAAGUAGCUGGUCUGAGCCAUUUAGCACAUCGGAUGGUUGAUUUGCUUCAUCAGGGAAGAGAUCGAUUUGAAGUUGCCCGAGUGGUUGUGGAGCUUAACCUCUAUAUAUUCUGCAGUUGGAUAAGGUGAGUGCACGUGGUCUCGCGUCACCCAUUUAUUUAUAUCACACAUAGGCUUAUUGUCUAGGUAAUUCUUUCGUAUGUUCAUCUCUCUUCUUCGGAAAGAUGGUGUUUUCGACGAUCUCUACGGGAAAUCUUGUAUGAUAGAUUUUUCCUUACUAGCAGCACUUCUCCACUGUAAUUAUAAGGUUUUGAGUGAUGUUCACCUUUGAGGAUGAUCCUUAUCAGAUAAUUUUUUUUGGUCUAUGAAACUAUUUUUCAUAUAAGGCUAUGGGAUAUUAUUUCUUGAGCAAUAAUAAGUCAUCUGAGUUUGUUUGAUCGUUA